CCCCGACUCCUCACUCGGCUGGGUUCGGGCAUUUCCGCCUCUUUGUUUUAAACUCCGCACGGCUUUUUUCUCCUCCUCUUGGGGGGGACCCAGAGGGAGCGGCGCCCCCUCCCCCUCCCGGCGAGCCCCCGCGUGCGCCCGCUCGCCCGCCGCCCGAGACGCAGACUUCACGAUGUAGCCCCGAUUCCAGACUAUCGUUCACAGAAAAUGGAAAAGGAACAAGGGACAGAAGGAAGGUGCAGAAGCCCGCCAGAACUCAGAGUAAGGAGGGAUCACCACAUCCACUUGGUGGCCUGAAGCCUCCAUGCCACCGGGUGAGGAAGGACUCACAGACAUCCAGAGGAGAAGCCAAAGAUGUUGACCAGGAAGAUUAAACUCUGGGACAUAAACGCCCACAUCACUUGCCGCCUGUGCAGCGGCUACCUCAUUGAUGCAACUACAGUGACUGAGUGUUUGCACACAUUUUGCAGGAGCUGCCUGGUGAAAUAUCUGGAGGAGAAUAAUACCUGCCCCACUUGCAGGAUCGUGAUACAUCAGAGCCACCCGCUACAGUAUAUCGGUCAUGACAGAACCAUGCAGGACAUUGUUUACAAGCUGGUACCAGGCCUCCAGGAAGCGGAAAUGAGGAAACAGAGGGAAUUCUAUCACAAACUGGGCAUGGAGGUACCAGGUGACAUCAAGGGGGAGGCGUGCUCAGCAAAACAGCACUUAGAUCCCCGCAAUGGUGAAACCAAAGCAGACGACAGUUCCAAUAAAGAGACAGCAGAAGAGAAGCAGGAGGAGGACAACGAUUACCACAGGAGUGACGAGCAGGUGAGCAUCUGUCUGGAAUGCAAUAGCAGCAAACUGCGGGGCCUGAAGCGGAAGUGGAUCCGAUGCUCAGCCCAAGCAACAGUGCUGCACCUGAAGAAAUUCAUCGCCAAGAAGCUCAAUCUCUCCUCCUUCAAUGAGCUGGACAUUUUAUGCAACGAGGAGAUCCUGGGCAAGGACCACACUCUCAAGUUCGUGGUUGUUACGCGGUGGAGAUUCAAGAAGGCGCCCCUCCUGCUACACUACAGACCCAAGAUGGACUUGCUGUAAGCCCAGCCAGACUCAGCCCACACCCGAUGCUCCACACGGCAGAAUGUGCUGUGGAAUGUUGCCUCUGGGUGCCAUGUGGACCAGAUUUCUGAAUAGAGAAUAUUUAUAACUUUUGUAUGAGAGAAUCCACUCCCAACAAGACACUACCAGCACGUGUUUACAGAGGAUGAAAACACUUCGCAGUUCGCUCCUCUCUGCUUCAGGUCCACAGGCCAGAGAACAAGUGAAUCCGUGACCACACGCAACGCCUCUGCUUGCUUUCCAGGGCUUGAGAAUCUGAGUUCCUUUGGCUUAAUUUGUGGAUUAGGUUUCAUUAUAAGCCUCAAAAACACUUGUGCUCUCAUUAAGUCCUUCCUAAGUUAUUGAAAGUCUUUUCAUGGUAUAUAUUUAUGUUGCCUUUAGCUUCCUGAAGACUGAAGAGAUAUAUAAAAAUUUAAUUUAAAGUAUACCCAAAGAGGCUUGCAGUAAUACUAUUAUUUAGCCAUGGUAUUUAAUUUCCCACCUUCUAGAGUACAGCCUCAGUCCCCAGCAUCUUGUGGCUGCAGUUCCGGCUCCUCCGUAAGGCAAGUCAGGGGUGAAACGGCUGGUGCAGCGCUGGCUUGCUGAAAAGUCCUCGCGGAAGUUCCUGCCUUUCGCUUUCUGUUUUCCUUCUGCUGGCAAGAUGUGGUGGUGGCUGUUUGUCUUUCCAAACAGCACAAGCCCUCCUGUGGGGAGACCUUGUAAAGGCACUUGGGAGGUGACCUCUAACCUCCAUGUACCUGGCAGUUGGUAUUUCCAGGCUUGCCUUUCUGCUCAUGGGGUUAACAUCUAUUUUUUUUUUUUUAUCCCUUUUUCAUGAAAAGUAAUUGAUCAACCUGUUCAGCAGACAUUUUCCCGGUCACAGACAGGAUACCGUUUGUGAACCUCCCACUUCACGUGUAAUUUAUUUGGUUUGGUUUGGUUAGAGAGUAAAUGCCAGCAUAUCCAACUUUGUUCUCUCUUAAGGGGUAUGAAGGCAAGAGCAAGGAGAAGGGAUAAUGGCCUGGGGUUCCCAGGGACUUCUCUCAGUCACUUCCUGCCCUCCCAGGCCCCGUGGGAAUCGUAGAACCCUGUAAUCCCAGGGUUACCUCUGCUCUUGGUGGGCAGAGGAGGAUCUUAGUGUGUCCCUUGGGGCCAGGCUUUCUGAGUCUUCGCCUUAGCAACUGGAAUUUUAUUGCAUUGCUUUGACAGUUGGGAUUGGGUUUAUCAGCACCCACUUACAUAGUGUCAGAAGCAGCAACUCGUGAGACCUAAUGUUACUAAGGAUAGAACAUCCAAAUUAACGGAAUCCUUAAUUAUGACCUUGUAAAACAAAAGCAAGCUCUUUGUUUGGAAUUGAUCAAAAUUCACCUCUCUAUUUGAGCCCAGGACUGUUUGGAUUAUCAGUUUCCUGAGUUUGCUAUUCAUCCAAAUCAUUUCUAGAAUUACUACACAAGGGUUCAUGCGUAAAUAUUACCUGUCUACCUCAGAACACAAGUGCUGCUGAAGCAUCCGCAAGACCGUGCUCUCACCAUGCAGUUACAUUAGAAUCUAGGUAUUUCCCAUGUGGUGAAACUAAAGAAGACUUAGACAGUUAGAGGCCUCCAAAUUAAAAUAAAGUUAAUUUACAGUUCAGAUCAAACUUAGUAUGGCUGUAUAAUCUCAUGAUCUAUAUUUGUAACUUUGUAGCUACUUUUAGAAUCACUGACUUUGCUAUGGUGCUAAGUUGAUAGCUCUAAGUAUUCAGCGAGGCGGACAUCGCAACUGAUGUCCUAGCUGGGCGCCACCGCCCCAACAGCCCUGCUUCUGUCACCACGUUAACCUGAUCAACCUCAGCAGCAAAAAUACCUAUUUUUCUAAGAUUCCAUCAUGCGCCUGUCUGCUCUGCAGGCAGCUUCCCGAUGCCCUUCCGCCCUCUGGUCUGACCUGUAGCCUUACCUCGCUCCUAGAUGAAGCAGAGUGAGCUUGCGUCAGAUGGAAGCUCUGGGCGCCGUUUCACUCCUGCCAAGCUCCAUGUGACAUCCAAGGCCGAAUUUUAUUUUUCCAGCAUGAACACGAGGAUCAGUUAGUGAUUGGUCCUGUCCAGCUUUCUCAGCAGGCGGAGCUCCUGUGAAGUUGUUUUCAUAGCUGCCGAUGCUAGAACCCGAUGCAUCCAACCGGCAGCCCGGGACCAGCCUCCCAGCACGUGGUCUCGCUCAGUACCAUUUUCACGAAAAUAGAAAUCUCAGAUAGAAUAUAUAAUAUUGAAUUUAAGAUUUGGGGGGUUAAAAAAAGAAAACUUAACUUUAUAAAAUUAUUUAUUCUAUUUUAAGCCUUCUAUCAUAUUUUCCCAUCAGUUGUUUGGUUUCUGUGGUCCAGCUUUAUUUACAGGCAUAUAAGAUAAAAUUGUGAGAUGUUUUGCAAGCUUCUUUUACUUUUUGUAGCCUUUGGUUUAUAUGUUUUUUAUAGGGAUGAAGAGCAUUUUUAUGCUUUUGUGCAAUAGGUUCCAACAUGCAUUUAUUAGAGUGUGUUUAAAUUGUGAUCUAGCAUCGAUUCUACUAAAUUGAAAGGGAAUAUAGGUGGAAUUUCAGUAUCUGUGCAUUCAGCUAUUUGAUUCUUGCCUUUUUCACUGUUAUAAGAAUGCUGUUACUGAGAGUGAGUGAGUGUGUGUGUGUGUGUGUGUAUUCCAUCAAUAUUAAGAGAUAAGCAGCCAGGCAGGAAGUGAUGAGGUUGGCACCAUGCUAGGCUUGUGUCUACUGUGGGCACACCCAGUCCUUGAGCUGAGUCUGUGACUGAGCCAUCCUGGGGGUUGGGAUUUCAUGGUCUCCACCUAUCAACCUGGCAGUGCUGACCUUUACGGCCUGCCCUGGCAUCAGAAUCUUUGGAGACUGGUGUGUUUUGUUUCUGAGGGCAUACAGGGUGGUGAAUCACAGUGCUCUGAAAUGUAUCGUUAGCUUAAAUGUUCCAAGAAUGAGCCAACUGACUUCUGCUUUGUAUAUGGAUAUUGAAUAUGCUUCUAAAACAUUGAAAGUAAAUUUAGUGCAGAUAGCGAAAUCUCUCUCUCUCUCUCUCUCUCUCUCUCACACACACACACACACACACACACACACCACCACACACACAAUAUGUCUGUUUCCUCAGGAAAUCAUUUAAACCCCAACACAUCACAUGUGACCUUAACAUGAAAACAAAAGUUUUCUCUGCCUUGAUAUUAAAUACACCAAGUAAAUAAACUGGGAUACAUAGAUUAGGAAAGGCACUUAAUUGUACCACAGUCUGCAUAUCUUGCAUUCCUCCAGGUAGGAAUUGCUACCAUUCAGGCUCCCACCAGAAACAGCUGUGUGGGACUGUGGUCCUCACACCUAGUGUUCACACCUGUUGUCACUUACUCCCACCCGACAGCACAUUUGGAGAAAGAACUGAAGUGUGUGUCACUAGCAUGUGUCAGUUCCGGUUCUCAACUUGUACCAGACACAUUUUUCCCAAGUGAAAGUGACAUCAGGUCACAGCAGCAGCACCAUGUGCUCCCACCUUGGAAUGCAGCCACAGCUAACAAUUGUCAUGGUGUAUGAAAUGAUGCAGAUUCAAAUUUUUGACUGUUUAAUUUGGAAGUUUACAUUUCUUAUGAUUGUGUUAGUGUGUAAUUUUUGUACCAUCAAGUGGCUAGUUUUUGUCUGAAAUCUUUUUUGGAAUAUUGCUUAAUGUUUUGAUUUCACGAUAGUGAAGCUUGUAUUCAGUGUUUUGCCAAUUAAUAUUAUAUGCUUGUAAUAAAAGCAGAAG